AAGUUGUGUAAGUAAACAUGGUACAGUUUUACUCUUCUACUGCAUUUUCCAAAUAUAAUGAUUGCACCAAACACAACUGUUGCUUCGAGUGGGCGUUUCGCUUUGGCUUUACAUGACAACACGGAAACAAAAGUCAGACUGGUCGUGUAAAUGGAUGUAUGUUUAUUGUGAAUGGUUUCAAUACGGAGUAAAUGGAGAAUGAGGACGGAUUAUUCGCGCACAGAUGUUCGGACUGGAUGUCGGAGCUUCCUAGGGGUCUCUGGGACAUCCCGCUGAGGAAUCUCGCUUUACCCGGAAGUCAUGACACCAUGACCUACUGCUUGGACCAGAAGUCUUCUGUGCUUCAGUCUGAACCGAAAGUACUGCAGGUGUUGGAUACAUUAUUACCCUGUGUUGUCCGACCAUGUAUAAUGAAAUGGGCAACAUCCCAGGAGGAAAGUAUUUGUAACCAGCUGGAUUCAGGCAUGCGGUUCCUUGAUCUCAGGAUAGCUCAUAAAACAAAAGACCCUGAUAAGGUUUUCUACUUCGCUCACGGGAUCUACUCUCUUGUGACAGUGAAGGAAGCGCUCACAGAAGUGGCUCACUGGUUAGACCAGCAUAGCAAGGAAGUGGUCAUCAUGGCAUUUUCUGCAUUCGAUGGCAUGAACCUGGAUCAACACAAAGACCUCAUUCAGUUUCUUAUAACAACAUUUGACCAAAAAAUUUGCCCAAAUUCUGUCACACCGUCACUACGGGAGUGUUGGAAUCGAGCUUUUCAGGUUAUUUUAUCAUAUGACGACUCGGCUGCAUCUGUUUAUGAGGAACUCUGGCCAAAGUUUGACUACUGGUGGGCAAACACAUCAGAUUCGAACCGAGUCAUAUCCUACCUGGAUGAAAGAAAGGAGGAAGGAAGACCAGCCGGUUUCUUUGCAGCUGGUCUGAAUCUAACCGAGGAUGCUGGGUAUAUUCUGUCCCAUCCGUGUCAGUCAUUGAAAGGCAUGACCCUGAGCUCGUGCGGUCCGUUGAUGGACUGGGUCAAACAGCAGAGGCCGGGAUCAGGGAGUACCUGCAUCAAUGUCAUCUGUGCAGAUUUUGUGAGCGCGUACAGUAAUGAAUUUACUCGGCUGGUUAUCGGACUCAAUCAAAUACUCUUAAUAGAGACCUGAUCAAUACAUAUGAGACUCAUGUGGUUCAUAAAAACGUAGCAUGUUUUACUCUUACUGUACAUUCUAGAGAACUUUACCACUUUGACAAAAACUACAGAUUUUAUUUUUGCACUUGUUUCGUGUUUACAGAUAAAUACCUUUUUUAGUUUUUUAUUACGCUGCCUAAACUUUGAAUGUGUUUGUCUUCCUAAACUGGAAAAUGUUUUUUGCAAUUCUUCCAUCUAGAGGCAAUACAUAGGUAGGCUCUUGGGUAAUGACGUCUGGUUAGAAGACAAGGGCCUUGAAAAAUAUUUGUAAGAGUUUAAAUAACUUUUUUUAAUGAUUUUGCACUAAAUAGCAAAGGAAAGAUUAAUAUAAUAAUAAAAAAUAGAAUCACAAGUCCAGUGAGUCACUGUUUAUUUUAGUAAUAUCUUAAGUCUUCUGUUGUUGUCAUGUGUGACAUGCAUGUUUGGGGUCUAAAUUUAGACGGCCCCUCCGCUUGCGCACGUUAGGUGCUUAUAGUGUCUGCUUAAGUGAUAAUCCACUUGACUGCUCCCUUUGUGUGAGGUAAAUAAACAUCAGCUUUUCCUUGGAUGUUUCUUCCCACAAGAAAGCAAAACCACAGAUGAGAUCUCUUGAAUAUCUCUGUUAUUUCUCCUAGACAUUAAAGAGAUUAAAUGAAGAAAGCUUAAUUCUCAUCUGUGAUAUUUCUCCUGAGAAAAAACCUCACAAAUGUCUCAGAGUUUCAGAAGAGAUGUCCACGAUGUCUCAAACUGAGCUCAGAUUUGUCAAGUCUGCAAUCAAAAGUCAAUAUUAUUGAAGAUCUCAAUAUGAACUCAGACACUUCUCAUCAAAUUUACCCAAAUCCAGAUUAUUCUACAACCUCUACAGUCUCAUUUGAUUCUGUUUUUAUUUUUUCUAAGAGAAACAUCUGAGACUAAGUGCAUUUAAGUUGAUACUUAGUGCAAGAUAUAGUUCACCUCAGCCCACAGGGCCCGCAGGACUGAUUUUUUAGGUGCCAAUCGAACCUUCUCAAUCGAACUAGAUGCUUCCAAAGAGACUCCCCUCUCUCUACCUUUCUCUCCAUUCUUAACCAGAUUACUCCAGGGUUAAAGUAGCCUGCACCAACCCGUGCACAGCAGGCUUAGAACCACAGAGGGAGCAGAUGGGAUAAGAAAACCAGAGGAUCUCAUUACUGAGGCUUAACCUGACAGCCGAGGCCCAAACAGAAACGGGUCAACCCGGCUACAAAGCUUCUGCUGUGACAACUACUGUCAUUUAAACAUGGAGAAUGAAGAAGAGGACGAUGAAAUCUUUACAAUAAGACAGCCAGGAUAUGAAGGGCAGGAAAAUGUGAAGGAGCUGGAGGAAGAAGAACCAGAGGAAGAGGGGCCAGACACGGAGAAGAAGAACAGUUUGGAUGUUCCGGUUCCAAGCUGCUCGCUGGGCAGCCAUAGAGCUUCGCAUCCAUGCCCUGCGCAGUUGAAUGCGAUGCAUUUGAGUCGUCUGCGCGCCAUCGUCAUGACCCCCGGCCCAGCGCCCCCGUGCCAUCAGCUGGAGCGCAGCGAAGCCCGGCCGUGCUCUCGCUCCGGUAAUGAAGAGGGAGCGCAGGUCAAAAGCAGCACGUCUGACAGAAGACCACCAGCCAUUCCCACAAUCCCCGAGGUCCACGAGCCCAUGGAAAGAAAAGCUCGAUUAGGAGCCGAAACGUCAUGUCUCCGAGUGAUGCUGAUAGCGUGUGUCUAGUUUGCCAUGACGACCUACGCAAAGGAGGCGGAGCUAUCUAGAGAACGUCACUGCUCGCACAGUUUCCACAGUGAGUGCAUAGAGGAGUGGCUGUGGACCAAGCAGACGUGUCCCACAUGCCGAAAGCAUGUUGCCAUGCCAGAGCCCCUCUACUGGACGUCCACCAGAGUCAUAGUGCCCUGAACUCUUCAAACAUCUAUUCAAACUACACGGCCAUCAGCUUUUUACAGGAUAAACAACAGAGGUGUUUUACUAAAAACUGGGCAUGAGUCGAACAACAAUAUGGAUAUAAAAGGAAAAGCUUUUUAUUUAACAGCUCUAUAUUAAUGAUUUUUGUUUGUAUCACACUUUUUGUUGAAUUCUUGCAUUAUUCCUUAUACAGGCAUGAAACCUGAAAGUCUCAUUUUUAGAGAAUUAAGUUUUAGAUAAACUAAAUGGUGCUAUAUUUAAAGGUGGAGCUUUAAAUGACUGUUCAGAUAUUGAUGGAGCAAACUUCAUUCUGAACAUAAGCGGAACGCUUUUUUUUUUAAUAUUAAGCAAAUGUAUGUCUAGUUUUCUACAUUGUAAUCCUUUUGCCGGUAAGCUGUAUGAAAAACAAACGUGCUUGUAUACCGCCAUUUAACAAAAUAGGUUUUAAAUAAUGUAAAAC